GAGGCAACAGAGGCAUGUUGCUUCCCCACUUGGCCUAUAUGGGCUGGCUCUGAUAUGAUAUCCUGAUGCGCAAAUUUCUCCAAUACAUCUCCAUCUCACUACUUCACUUUCACUCUCUCCUGUAGUCCUGUGGCUUCUUUCGUGGCGGCGCCGUCCUCCUCGUCGGGCUCUUCCCGCCGACGAGCAUCCACCUGUGCAGGCACUACAGCAGCAGCCGCUGUUUUCUACAGUAACCUGUGAGGCGGAACUACACUGUAGUUUUUUCGGGGGGCUCCGGAUUGCUGUUCGAAAGCGGCAGCAGCCGGCACGAUAGUAAUCGAGAGCAGGUUACUUCGUGGCAGAGGCACCAUGCCUCGUGGUGACAACCCGCACUCAGUUUCAGAGAAUACGGCAGCACUGAGGGAAUCACCAAAACAGCCCAAGAAUGUUGUUAAUGAGCAACCCACAACUUCUCCUUUUCCUGAAAACAAAGUUGCUGCUACAGUUGGCAUAAAGCGACCACAGCCUUAUGGCCCCUUGAGUCCGACCAAUCAUCACACGCUGGGCAAUCCAGGGGCAAAUGGCCAUCUUGUGUAUGUGCGAAGGAGGCUUGAAACUGAUCAGAGCAAAGGGGUUACUGCUACCCACGGAGAAAGUGCCAGUUCUACAAGCUUGAAGAAAGCUUGUGCAGGCAGCUUGCAGUCACAGGGACGAAUUCUGAAGCAUCAAAACAAUGCAACUCACACCCAGUGUGCUCCCCGAUUUGCAUCUCCAGCUGCUGCUACAUCCUCCCCUGCUUUGCAACCUGCAGUUUUGUCUCCUCACUGUUCUUUUGGGAAGCAAUCUCCAGGAAAGGUUGCUGCCCAGCCAGCUAAUGAUGUGACUACUAGUCUGCCACAUGCUAGCAAUGUGGUCUCCUCUGCUUCAGUGCUUCAAAGCUCUGUAUCUGCUAACUUAGCACCAAGCAGUGUUUCGGCUGCUAACACAGCAUCUCGCGCUGCUAUAUCUGCUACUAAUUUAGCAUCUUGCAGUGCUCUGGGUACCAAUGCAUCAUCUAAUGAUGCUACUACUACUUUAGCAUCUAAUCAAGCUCAUGAGCCAAGAUCGAGCAAUCAGGAUCGGAGUGAAAGAUUCCUUCGUCUGCAGGAAUUCUUGAGACAUAAUGAGCAAUCUGACCAGGAAGAAUAUGUACAUAAGCUCCGGUCAUUGUCACCCGUUGGACGUAGUAAGCAUGCCUUUGAGUUGGAGAAACGGGCAGCCAAUCUAUUGAUCGAGGAAGGGAAGGAAUUGCAGAAGAUGAAAUUUCUGAAUGUGCUGGGCAAACUUGUCCCCCCCAUCACUUCCGAAUCAGCCCCCUUCUGUCAUGCAUCAGCCGUCGUUCACUGCCCAUCGAUGAGAAGAGUUUAAGAUUGAGUUACGAUGCUCCAUGACAGGCGUUCAGUGUUGCGUUAUCUGUGAGAACUGAGAACAUGCCUGUAUGCCCACCCGGAUGAGUGAGAGUAGAGUUGGCUGACAUGAUAUCAUGUUGUAAGCAUUGUUAUGGUUCAUAUUUCCGCCUAUUCGCAGUGCCGGAAACCUGAUGCAGCACUGAACUGUAAGGUUUGUGCAGCUCCUUCUCAGGUCA